AUGUCGACCAAACUUAAACAGCUUAGUGGUCACCAAAAACGAAAAAUAAAAGGAAAAAAAAAUCUUGAAUUUAAAAAAGCCAAAGGAUCGUUGGAUGCAUUUGUAAAAAAACAUAAUUUAGAUAAUGUCAUUGCCGAAAUAAUUGUUAAAAAUUUAAAACCACACACCAUAGCAGAGAGCCUAAUUUUGCCAGCAUGUUCAGAAAUAGUUAAAAUUAUGUUUGGCGAUGACGCAAAAAAUGAAAUUAUGAAAAUUCCGCAUUCAGAUGACACAAUAAAAAAUAGAAUUAUUCAUAUGUCAGAUGAUAUUGAGAAAACAGUUUUUAAUAAACUUUCCAAAUCAUAUUUUGCUUUACAAAUUGAUGAGUCAACUGAUAUCAGUGGUAUAGCUCACGUAUUAGGAUUUGUUCGUUUCAUUAAUGAAAACAAAUAG